CGGAAGUGCCUCGCGGGCCGGCUCGCGGAGGGCGCGGGGCGUCCAUGGGGCUCCUUAAAGGCGCCGCCGCCCGCUGCCCCCCCGCGCUCUGCGGAGGGAAACACCGCACACGGCUGGAAUGAGCAGGAGAGCAGCUCCAUGGCUGAGGAGACAUCCCCGAGCCCCGGGGGGGGCAUCACCCCCCUGCAGCAGAUGUUGGCCUCGGGGACAGGGGCCAUCCUCACCUCUCUCUUUGUGACACCCCUGGAUGUGGUGAAGAUCAGGCUGCAGGCACAGAGGACCCCUUUCUCCAAAGUGUGUCCAGCUCCCUCUGUGCCCUGGGGUGCUCAGCAGCCCACAUGGAAGUGUUUCCUCUACUGCAAUGGCCUCAUGGACCAUCUCUACGUCUGCCAGAAUGGCAGUGGCUGCACUGCCUGGUACAAGACCCCCACCCACUUCACUGGCACACUGGAUGCCUUUGUGAAGAUCACACGUCACGAGGGCAUUAGGUCUCUGUGGAGUGGCUUGCCCCCCACCCUGGUCAUGGCAGUGCCAGCCACUGUCAUUUAUUUCACCAUCUACGACCAACUCCGGAGCCACCUGCAGGUUUGGACAGGGAGCAGGGGCCAUCACAUCCCCUUGGUGGCUGGGGCUCUGGCCAGGUUGGGUGCUGUGACUGUCAUCAGUCCCCUGGAGCUUAUCCGGACCAAGAUGCAGUCCCAGCAGCUCAGCUACAAGGAGCUGGGGGUCUGCAUCCAGUCAGCUGUGGCUCAGGAUGGGUGGCUGUCCCUCUGGAGGGGUUGGGGACCCACCGUGCUGCGAGAUGUCCCCUUCUCAGCUCUUUACUGGUUUAACUACGAGCUGGUGAGGGACUGGCUCUGCAGGCAGACCGGGCAGGACGAGGCCACCUUCAUGAUCACCUUCAGCUCCGGGGCCAUCUCUGGGACGGUGGCUGCUGUGCUGACCCUGCCCUUCGACGUGGUGAAGACCCAGCGGCAGGUCGAGCUGGGAGGCAGCGAGGUGCACCCAGUCACAGCCUCCAAACCUUCCUCCACCUGGAUGCUCAUGCAACGCAUCCGAGCCGAGUCUGGCACCCGGGGGCUGUUUGCAGGUUUCCUGCCCCGUGUCAUUAAGGUGGCACCUGCUUGUGCCAUCAUGAUCAGCACCUAUGAAUUUGGGAAGACCUUCUUCCAGAAGCUGAACCAGGAGCGGCGGCUGCGGGGGUUGUGAGCCAGGGCUGGUGGCAGGGCUGGACUGUCACCUUUGGUGGCCCCAAGGAGUGUGGGGGGGUGGGAAUGGUGACAACCCUGCUCCUGGUAAGGAGCAGCAAACCCCCCACUCAGCUCUGCAAAGCCCAAGUGCCUUCGUGCUGUGCUCUGCCCCCCCCCCCUCCACAUCCGUGCCUGCUGCUGUGACACUGGGGGGGUUUGCAGCCCCCCCCACCCAUGCUCAUCCCUUGAGGCUGGGUAGAUGCUGCUGCUGGAUUCAUGGAUGCUCUGGGGAGGAUGAGGAACCCUGGGAGCAGGGCAGGAGCCCUCAGGAACUUCUGGGCUCCCCCCCUCACCCCUUCUCCACUUAGGGGUCUGCCCCUCCUCACCAUCUGGCACACAGCAGCCCCUUGCCCAGGGCAUGGGGGACACAUCAGGACCCUGUCCCAGCCUCUGGACCUCUCCCUCCCUCUCGGGGUGUCCCCCUGCCUGGGGACAGACCUCACUGCUGCUCCAGGGGGGGGGUUGGCAUUCUGGUACCAAAUCUCUGUCCGUGCCCCCUCCCUUCACCAUGAGGCUCUGCCCCCAGCUUUGUGCCCACUGUGGGUGCUGCUCCAGUUUGCCCAGAACUCCAGAGGGGGAAUUUCUCUUAUUUUCUUAAAUAAAAGCAAUAUUGUCUCUUU